UGUAAAAGGCUAACUUUUAAUAGUUUAACUUAUUUUUGCUUAAACCUUGCGUCCCUGUGGAUACUUUUGUGCAUAUGUAUGUUUUUGACUCGCCUGCAUUUUGUUCCGACUAUAUUUUGACAAGAAACUUAUCUUCAGUGGAUAUUUUAAUUGUAAGUACUGACUUUUUCUCUGCAAUUAAUAACACCAAAGUAUUAUAAAGUUUUUAAUUUUUAAAAUUUAAAAAGUUAAAAUUCUUUAUAUCGUCAUAAGUUUUAGCAUGAAUAAUCAAAGACCUCCACGAUUGAACCAGCUGUCUAGAGCUGCUGAGGGAAAAAGAGCGAUGAUUCGGAAAAAAAACGAAAGCAAAAACAAACGAACGCUUUUAGAUUCCGUUCGUUGGACAAAAAUCGAAGAUAAAUGCAAGCAGUUCAAUGAUAUUGAGAUCGGUAUCAAUGACUCUAAUGAGUUGCCAGACCAUAUUUCCGACAAACUUUUUCUCGCCGAUGACAUUGAUGACUCCCUAAAAACAUCAUCACAUUUAAAAAAGAAUCAGUUGGAUUUUGGACUUGAUUGUCACAAUGACCAACAAAUUUAUAAAAGUGAUCUUUCUAUACCAAACUCUAACGAUCCUGCAGUAUGGAAAUCAAUAUCAGACACUGAUCGAACGAAUAUAAUUCUGAUGGGACCUUCUUUAAAUCCUAGCAAUUUUCCAAGAGAUCAAAAAGAACGCAAAUUCCCUACUUAUAUCUUUUUAGAAGAACAAAGAAACGGAGAAAAUGUUAGAAGAGAUUGGCUCGUUUGGAGUAAGGCUGUAGCAUCACUCUUUUGUUUCCCUUGCUCCCUUUUUGGAUUGCCUACCUUAACCAGACCCGGUGUUCAAUCCAGUUUGUUGUCUUGGAAUGGAGGUAUACAUGGAAAUUGGAGAAAACUUUCAGAUCGCGUUAAAAGUCAUCAACAAAGCGAUUUUCACCGUAACUGUUAUCUCCAAUGGAAAACAGCUACGAUUCACAAAAAUCCAUUGAGCAUCAGUUAG